CUCACGCGCAAUUCGACAUGGUCAACUGUACAUAAUUACGUGCACCGAGCGUGUAUCAUCAAAACACAAUUGCGCGUAUCUGAACGCGGCGCGUCAUUCGAAAAAAAAAAAAAAUGUCAAAUUUUCGCGCGCUUUUCGGCCCCAUAGAUAAAACAGAUCAUGAUUUAUUGGAACGUGUUUCGUGUAUGAAAGUGAAUUAACAUUUUUUUUUAAUUCAUACCGUGUUGCAGUGAAUGUGAAACUAUCUAUUACGUAACAGUGAUUUUCUGUGCUCUUACUUUAGUAGUGACAGUUAAAUAACGAACGAGAACGAUUGUGGGCGAUGAACAAUGCCUAGGGAACGAUCGGAAGAUGGUGACUGUAACGCUAUAGCGCGGCUCAUCAAGGACUUCUGCAGCUGCUCCGAGAACGCCACCUGGUCGCCGGAGAUGACAUCAGACAGACGGAAAGGCCCACUGUUGAAGAGUGAACUCACAAACAUGUCCGCGAUGCGUCGGAGAAUAAUUUCCAUUGCCAAAAGAAAAAACAAAGAAGUCCCCGAGCCGCCUAAACUGACCUACGGGACAACUUUCCAGAAAAAUUCAGACACUCUCACUUCCAACUUGGUGAACACAACGAUCAGUUCUCAAAGUAGUACUCUCAGGCGAAACAUCGACAACUUCCUCCUGUCUCGAAGGAUGUUCGCUCUCGAGGAGGACAUCUACGAGAAACCUAUCCAGGUGAAGACCCCCACGUGCGGCGAGAACUGGUCUCUGAGCAAAGCGUGGCGGAACAACAACUCGGAUUUCUUCAACCGCUCGCCUACCCUCGAUUCUAGCCGACUAAUUGAGCGGAACUACACCCAACUCGAACGAAUAGAUGAGAUCCCGCAGCGGAAAAAACGAAAUAAGAAAAUGAAGGAGCAGAUUCGAUACGAUAGGAAUAUUAAGAGGCACAUACGGAUACGUGUGAUGUUGUCUUUGCGGAUGAGGAGGUAUAUGAAGAGGAGGAUGAAGAAGCCUGGUUUGCAGGCGUCGCAGAAUGUGAACGUGCCUCCGAGGAGGUUUCCGAGAGGGGCGUCAGUGACGUCAAGUUUUGGGACCCGGUCUUAUAGGAGUGUGAUGACGGACAAGUUGGGGGAUGGUGCGGUGUUGUUCGACAUCUACGAGGCGCGGAACUCCACCAUGGAGCUUUGCCACGACUACGAAGAGGACCUCGACACGCUACAGAUUGCGUUGCGCGCCGGUAACUUUAGGAGCGGUCGUCUAGCUGUCGAGGGUUGGUGGUGCGGGCGCGCCAUGCCGGGCGCUGGCGGGCGCGCCAACAACGGCGCCCUGGCGCUGCACUACGCGGCCGCACGAGGCUGCCUCGACUGCGUGCGGUUGCUCACCAACACUACGCCUGAUGUCUCUGCCAACACGGCGAUGGACAAUGACGUGACGCCGGUGUACCUGGCGGCACAGGAAGGGCAUCUGGCAGUUCUCAAAUAUCUGGUGCUUGAGGCUGGAGGGCGGCUGGAUGCGAGGGCCAGGGAUGGUAUGCUGCCCAUCCACGCUGCCGCCCAGACUGGCUGCUUGGAUUGCGUUAAAUGGAUGAUCGUAGAGCGUGGCGUAGAUCCCAACGCAAGAGACGGAGAUGGGGCCACUCCUCUACAUUUUGCAGCCUCCAGGGGCCACCUCAGCACAGUGCGCUGGUUGCUCAGACACGGAGCCAGGCUGCACCUGGACAGGCAUGGCAAGAGUCCCAUCAAUGAUGCAGCUGAAAAUCAUCAUCUGGAGUGUUUGAACGUGUUGGUGGCUGCGGGCGCGGCGGGGGCGGAUAACAAGCAGCUCUCCUCGUACAAGGCGAUACACUCCUGCGCAUGUGCUCCUGGAGAGGCGAGAUGCGCCCUACCGAACUGCAUCAACAUGAACGGCACUCGCUCCCCCUUCUACCUGCACGCUCCGGAGCGGGAGCGACGCAACUCCGUGCAGGAGCGACGUGGCUCCUUACCGUCCACUGUCGGUUCCGUCAGUUCAGCUCGAUCAGGACCUGCUGAUGGCUUGUACGUCAAUCCGAUGCAGAGAGCCACGUCUACCACUGUCACGCAUCAUAGCUCUUCGGGGGAGGAGAGUUCAGCCUGCUCCGCAUCAGACGCGGACAACACAGCAAGCGGCUGGUUCCUCCACAACAAUAACAACAGCUCCGGGGCCCCGGCAGCUCUCUACCAGCGCGUCAGGGACCUGUUCCACACUCGCUCCCCGGGGCCCAGGGUCCCUGCUGAAGGACAGGAGGCACCCGCUAUGACUGGGUCGAGGCAGUCUGAGGAGCCGGAUGAUUCUAUAAUGACUGUGAAAGCAGAAAUCCACGGGUCUGCGGAGGCCACGACUGCCCAGGAGCAGUCAGACAGUGACAGUGGAGCCGAGGCCACCAGGCGAGACCACCACUAUGAGGAUAUCUACGUGCCCAGGGAGGAACAUCAGAGGCGAAGGAGCAGUUCCCGCGACUCUGGCAGCCACAGCCGGCCUGGCAGCGCCGCGCUCGUUGUGGACUACAACACCAAAGAUAACACUGACACAGCAAGCAAAGCGUACGAGGAGGUGUCAUCUCCAGUGUCCGAGGCGCAGACCAAGUCAUCCAUCGCCACCAAGCUGGCAGCACUCACACAUAAGGCACAGAACUUUGCAAGCCGCUUAUCCUCGGCGGCAGGCAGCAGACGCGCGUCAGUAUCAGACGAGGCGACAGUAGUGCAAGCUGCCUCAGCUUCCUCAGGAGUGUCCUCUGGUGGUAGCUCAGGAGACGAGGCUCCUCCUCCGCCACCACCACCACCAGCACCGCCAGCCCCACCCCCACCUGUGGUGUUGGAAGAACCGGCGCUAAAACCAUCCGAGCUCAGGGGGAGAUUGGCGGGGCGACGCGGCUCGGCGGCGUCCGCAGACGACGACAGACCGCGCGGGCCCAACCUCGUCAACAAGCAAGCCGUGCUCCCCUUCGUGCCUCCCGCGUUCCCGCAUAACGCGCCCGACCGCCUUAUCAAACCGUCCGAGUAUUUGAAAACAAUCACGGCGCCGUGCAAGCGGGACGACAGCGCGGCGGAGGCGCGUCCUCCGCCGCCGCCGCCGGUGCCGGCCGACAACGUGCCACCGCCGCCGCCCCAGCCGCCCGUCACCGCGCACCAGCCGCUGGCAGCCAUCAGCAGUGCCGAGCUUUCAGCAGUGCGGCUGCGGACACCGGCCACUAAGACGUUAUCAGCCCCGCCUCCUGCACGAUCAGUCAGUUUACAAUGCUUACCCAGCGCCGCAGAAAUCUACAAAAACGCGAAAACGGAUUUGAUAGAGGAACUGAAGAUGUCCAAGGAUAUAACGGGGAUCAAGAAACUGAAAGUGGAACGUGCGCGCCGGGAGAGUCUCCAGGAUAAGGAAACGUUCACGGAGUUCACCAAGAGGUUCACCGCUGAAAACUUUGUGGAACAGAGGUGUGCACAGGUCCCGGAAAGAGACGCAGCUGGUAACGUGAUCCCGGCGUGGAAGCGUCAGAUGCUGGCGAGAAGAGCUGCGGAAAAGGCUAGGAAAGACCUGGAGAAGGAGUUGGCAGGAGAAGCGGAGAGGCGAAGGGCUGCUGCCGUGCCAGCAUGGAAGAGACAGCUGCUGCAGCGAAGAGAAGAGGCCGAGAACAGGUUGAGAAAUUCCCUGUACACUCCCAAGGUAGAGGAGACGAAUGGACAGCCGAACGGUGAAUGGCGGUCGUACCCGAGCGGGACGCAGCGUGCUGUGUCCAUAGACAACAUCAGCAUGUGCUACGACACUCCUGCGCAACCCAUGCGGGCGCCAUCAGAAGCAAAACUGUCCAGUGAUCAUUGUAACGGUCAUACCACAACUAACGGUAAGCACGAAGAGGAAGAAGAGAAAGCAAAGAUAAUCCCUUGGCGAGCACAACUGCGCAAGACCAACAGCAAGCUAAAUCUCCUCGAAUAAAGUACGUGAUGAGUGCCGCCCACCGAACGCGUGGACCGCGCGGUCAAACGGGCAUAGCUGUAGGAUCAAACAUAGUCAAUAGGAAGAAAUAAUGCUCAGUUGCUCUCUGUUAGAUAACGACGUAAAAUUUAAUUUAUUUAGGUUAUUUUAUGUAAUUAUUGCUAUUUAUUACUUUUUUAUACACACUCUCAAAACUACGACCCAGCGUGAACGCCGAGCGGUUUCACAAGUUGACUAUAUUAACUGUAGUCCCCCAUAUAUCGCAGCAUUCUUAAACGUAAAGCAACGCCAUGAAGUGUUUAGUUAUAUUCGUUGCUCGAUAUAAAUAUACAAGCUAUAUAACGAGUCCAAAUAAUUGUAGAAAUGAUUAUUAAGCGAAAUGUAUCGUAUUUUAUUGAUAGCCGACAUUCUGUGUGAGUGGAGAUGGACAACAUUUUUCCGAGGCGAUUAAGUAGAUUUAGACUAAAGUAGUAACUCCAAACAAUAUUUUGAUAUUAUUAGUAAUAUAUCUUAUAUAGAAAAUUCUCUGCAUAUUAACUUUUAUAUAUGUAUUACUAGUUUCAAACUAAAUUUUCAUGCGUAUCUGGUAGCAAUAGAUACGUAUAUUAAAUUUAGUACAUAAAAUUUCGUUAACGAUGUUUUUUAAAUUGAUAUGUAGGUACUUAUUUUUACUAUAGUCAUGUAAAAAUGUAAAUCUACUUAUAGAUUAGAAUAUUUCUAGUUAUUCGUAUAAAAUUAUAAAUAUGGUCUAUACUACUUACUUUGAAUCUAUACGGAAUAAAUAAUGUGUGAAAAGGAAGCAUCCUUUUGACAUUACCGUCCAUUUUGUGAGAAUUUAUGACUUGUGAAAAUAUCGAAACGAUGAAGUAACAUUUGCUCAAGAAACCUAAGUUUAUCAAGUUUUAUGAACCAGAAUAUAAAUGAUUAUAACGAAAAAAUAUUUAAAAAUGUAUUUAAGGUUUUUUUUUAUAAUGCAAGUGAUACCAAUGUUGCAAUACUAGUGUGUAAGCUUAAAAAGUGGGACUCAUCAGAAAUGUGUGACCUGCUGUAUCUAUGUGUGUUGAUUUUAUUCAGUACUCCUGAAUUCUUAUUGUAAUGUUGUUAAAUAAAACGCUAUUUGCUUAAA